AUGGAAGAAGUACACGAGCCUGCGCCCAAGUACAGAGGCGUACGCAAGCGAAAAUGGGGUAAAUGGGUGUCCGAAAUCCGGGAACCGGGAAAGAAAACCCGGAUAUGGCUAGGAAGCUACGAGGCCCCCGAAAUGGCGGCCGCGGCCUACGAUGCGGCGUUGCACCUCAGAGGACCAGGGGUGUCGCUUAACUUUCCUGAAAUGGUUGAUAGUCUUCCGAGGCCGGCGAGUUCGAGUCCCUCGGACGUGCAGUUGGCGGCUCAAGAGGCGGCAGUGAGGUUUAGGAGACUGCCAAUGGGGUCAUUUUUUGACGGAGGUGGCUGGUGGCUCCAGUGGUGGCGCGGUUUCAGAGACGGUGGGACUGUCUCCUAG